CACAACCGGAACGCAGGUGUGGACCGCAGCUGACGAAAUGUUGGGGGACGGGCUUCACAUAAGCUCCUCCCCCUGGCAUUCGACCAGACUUGAGUUGGUCACGCAGUUCACGCGCCGAACCAUCUACAUUCACCCGCGGUUCUGGUCGCGGACGGAGAUCCCUGAGUCAGUGCGUCUCGGCGGGCGUGUCCGUGAUUGACAGCUUUGACUUCCGGUCCGGCCGAGCCCCUCAUCAUCAUCAUCAUCAUCAUCAUCAUCUUCAUCCUCAUCAUCAUGAGCGUGUACAGCGACGCGUCCUCGGAGGAUCUCGGGGACGAGCUGCAGAGUCUGGGGUGGUACCACUACGACCUGUCCCGCCACGCCGCAGAGGCCCUCCUCCUGUCCAACGGGUUGGACGGAAGUUAUCUCCUCCGGAACAGUAAGGAGGGUCCGUCCUGCUUUGCCCUCUCUGUCAGAGCAAAGGAUUCUGUGAAGCAUUUUCAUGUGGAGCGCAAAGACAGCGUCUACAAGUUCGGCUUCAACGAGUUUCCCACCCUCCAGGACUUCGUCAGCCACUUUGCCAACCAACCUCUGCUGGGCAGUGACACAGGAACCCUCAUUGUUCUGAAAAGUCCAUAUCCGUGGCACGUGGAGGAACCGUCCAUCUACGAGUCUGUGCGGGUUCACACGGCCAUAAAGACGGGCUGCACGGAGAACGACCUGGUGGUCGCCGCUCCGGCGCUGGGCACCAAGGAGGGGUACCUGGUCAAACAGGGCGCCAUCGUGAAGAACUGGAAGCUGAGGUGGUUCACGCUCAACAGAUAUGAGCUGAAAUACUUCAAAGACAAAGAGCUGUUUCUGCUGCAGAGCAAGGAGCCCAUCCGGACGCUGGAUCUGAGGUCCUGCUCUGCGGUCCAGUUCGAUUACUCCCAGGACCGGGUCAACUGCAUCUGUCUGGUGUUUCCAGAGAGAACCUUUUAUUUCUGCGCAAAGACAGCAGUGGAGGCAGACGAGUGGAUCAAGAUUCUUCGGUGGAAGCUGGCCUCCGUCGCUGUGGCUCAUGUUGUUCACGGCCUCGUGUUUGUUUGCAGUCACAGACGAGAAAAGGUCGAUGACGGACCGGAAAGCGCUCCGGCUGCAGAAGACGGUCCUGACCGCUGAUGGAACCCAACAUCCUCCUCAAAAAAGUGCAUUUAUUUUGAAAAACUGUUUGAGUUCAGGUGCUGAGGAUCGACUGUCGGCUGUAUGUUAAAGACUGAAAAAAUAUCCAAAGUAUUUUGGUCAGAAAAGCCUUCUGUUUGUUCUGGAGUUUCAGCUAAAGUGGACCAGAGGAAUGUUGUAUAGAUUCAUGUUGUUCAAAAUAGAUCCCCACCUCACUUUAGUUGUGUAUUAUAUUUGCUGUUUUAGAAUAAAUAUUUAAAUCACUGUAAAGACACUGAAAGUUUGACUUCAAAAAAUAUCUCAGAUGGAGGUGGGGGGGUGGGGUGUAAGGGUGGGGUCAUCUGGACCCCAUAGGAUAGCACAAGGGUUAAAGUUAAUCUGAAUAUCAGAGACGAGAAAAACGUGGAUUAUAUUUUUCAGAUUACACCAAACAUGACUGUUUGUCAUAUUGUGAAUGUAAAUGAAAUAUAAAAGUGAUUUCUUUGUUUUUUUUUA